UCGGUUCCAGCCUCAAAAGCCAGGAACAUAAUUCGCGCUUAAAAGCUUGAAGAGUGAGAAAUCGGGGCCUCUCUCUCUCUCUAAAACGCUGUUAACAGAUUACUGCUUCAACCAUCGCCAUCCUGUUUUCUGACACUAAUCGCCAGUAAAAUGCAUUUGAUGCUAAGAAAGCAGGCGGCCUCAAUGGCCCGUGCCUAUUGGGCAGGAACCACAAGCCAUUUCUCAUCUCAUUUGCAAAGAAGUAGAACAGUGCCUUCUUUAUUUACAUCAAGCAAAAGCUUUUCGGGUUCUGCAAGGGGAUAUGCAUCUCAACCAUCCGCUCCCAUGGAAAAGCCUUCUGGUAAAGGGUCUCCAAUGACACUGUUUGUUAUAGGGGGUGUUGCAGUUGCCGCAGGUCUUUUUGCAGCUUAUCAGGCAGGGGUAAUUGGUCAACGUCAUGACCAAGAUGGCAUUCCCAUUUUCAAAUCUACAAUGUCUAACAGUAACCAGAAGAAUUCUGAUGAUAUCAAACAUCAAAAAGAUCAAACCUCUCUGAGCAUGGAAGGGUUAAGUAGUCCAAAACGUGAGGAGGAGACUCACUCUUCUGCAGUUGAGGGUGAGGAUGAAAAGAGCGAAACUCUAGCAGAUGUGGGACAUGUUGAGAAAUCACAAAACAGUAAUAUCGCAGAUGAGAGCCAUGCACCAGUGAACAAUGAAACAGUCAAGAUUGUGCCCCUUGUAGAAGAAGAGUUGGCAAGUGUACCUUCAAAUGACAAAGCAUUUGGUGGUAAAGACUCUACAAGUCCAUUUGAAACAUCAUCUAGAGAGAGUCUAGAUAUGGGAGAUAUUCAUAGUGAAUCUUCAAAGCUCAAGACAGAUACUGUACAGAAAGAAGACACUGUUGGUUCACAAGCACUUGAAGAAAGUGACACAAAGGAAGUACCCCAUGAUGAUCUUGCUUCCAAGGAUACUGAAGUUGAUGAAAAUGAGUACCAACGGUCAGGAAGUGGUCUUUCUCAUGCAUAUUUUCUGGUGGAGAAUGACGCAGGAAGCUUGUCUGAGGACGAUGAUGCUGAUUCUGUAAUUGUUUCUGAAGAAAAAGAGGUUUCAGCACAAAAAUUUGAAGGCUUGGAUUACGUAAAGAGCAGUGAAGAUGGAAAACUAGUUCUUGAUUUCAUAGAAGCCAUUCAUGCAGCUGAACGAAAGCAGGCUGAUUUAGAUGCUCGCAUUUAUUCUGAGGAAAAACGAUGGUUGAAGGAGAAGUAUGAGAAAGAACUAAAGGAUACAAGGGCAAGGGAACUCAUGUAUGCGGAGGAGGUGGCAAGCUUAGAUAAGGAGUUAAACAAAGAAAGAGCUAAGGCAGCUGCGAUAGUGAAGUCACUUCAAGAAAAAGCAGAAGAGAAGCUUAAGAUGGAGCUUCAGCGAAAAGACGAAGAAGUGGAGGUACAGCUAAAGAAGGCCCAAGAACUAGCUAAAGCAGAAUUAGCUGCAGCUAUUGCAAAAGAGAAGGCAUCUCAGUUGGAAAAAAUGACUGAGGCAAAUCUUGAUAUAAAUGCCUUAUGCAUGGCAUUUUAUGCACGAACAGAAGAAGCUCGUCAAAGUCACUCUGUUCAUAAGCUUGCUUUGGAAACACUAGCUUUGCAAGACGCACUGUCAAAAGGAUUACCAAUUCAUCGAGAAAUAGCUUCUUUACAGACCACAUUGGAAGGGAUUGAUAAAGAUUCACUUGUAGAUCAUGUUUUGUCUUCGUUGCCAGAAGAAACCUUGCAACAAGGAACCUAUACUCGUUCAGAAUUGAACCAAAAGCUUGAAGCCUUAAAAGGAACCCUGCGACAUCUGACUCUCAUUCCAGCUGGAGGUGGUGGUGUGCUCGCUCAUGGUUUAGCUCAGCUUGCAUCUUUAUUGAAGAUAGAAGAACAUGGCGACUCUGGAGAAGGUAUCGAGUGUGUCAUCAAUCGAGUGGAGAAGUUAUUAGCAGAGGGGAAACUUGGAGAUGCUGCCAAUUCAUUGGAGAGUGGUGUGCAUGGAAGCGAAGCAGAAAACAUUAUUGGUGGGUGGGUGAAACAGGUGAGAAAUAGAGCAGUCACUGAGCAAGCUGUCAUGCUACUUCAGUCAUAUGCCUCCGUUGUCGGUUCUACUUGAAUUUUGACAGUUUUUCUGCAGUGCAUUAGCUUCCUUUUGUUGAACGUCGCCCCUCGGAAUUACUAAAACUGGCAUUGAGAUUUGACAUUUGAACUUUAUGGUUUGUUUCUUGUCAUUAUUCUCUUGAAUAGUUGCUUGAAAUAAGCUGUCGGGGUUUCCUUCAUUUGAAAACCUGAGAACCCUUUUCUCAUCUUAUAUAUAAAAAGAAAUGAAACCCUUAUCAUCCCUUAAA